GUGGGGUCCCUGAAUGUCAUGCGGCUUUUGCUAAAGUCAUGCGGUGUUCAGCUAAAGUCGUGUGACGAUUGCUAGAAUAACACGAGGUUUAGCUAAACUCUCGCGAUAUUUACGUAAAUUCACGCGACGUUUAGGCUUGAUCCAAAAAUAUAGUUCUGAGACAAACGACACUCAUAACAAUUUGCAGCCACAGCUGUCUCUCGAGCAGCAGCAGGCAUGUCUUCCUCUAGAUUUCGGAGUUGUACCUACCUACCUACCGUGGCACUUCAAAGGAGCAAGCAGCUGUGUGGGCGUAAGCAAAAAGCUGAAGAAACUGAACCAUCUACCAAACCUGAUAAAAUCGAUGAGCUAGCACACGACCUGUACCAAAAACAAGGAGAAGCAUACAGCAUGCCUCAAUUCCGUCUCUGGGCA